CCCGUUUAAAGAUCUUUUUUCAUGAUUUUUUUAAACAUUAUUUCUUGCAAUAAACAAACCAAAAAGAGAGAGACAAAGUAAAAAACAGUCACAUGCCAGUUAUAAAAACAAAACAGGACCAGUGCAUAGGUCACAUAACGAUUGACAGACAGGGAAACAGCGGCCUCUUGCGGCAGAAAUAGGAACCACGCAGCCAUUAUUCCACUAGAUCAACCGGAUCCCUCUGCGUUGCUAAUGGCAACAGACUCCAAACAAACUGAAAGAAACACAGGAAAUCCCUCCGAACAGACCUAUAGGUAUCGGUUUACUUGAGUUUACUUGCGGUGCCCAUCUUGUCUCAGGUAAAAUGAGCUCACCUUUGUCAAUGCUGAAAAAGACAAAGCGGCUUCCCCUGCAGGACCCUCUGAACGAGCAGCGGGACAGCCAAAAUGUGCCUUUCAGGAGGGAUCUGUUAAAAGAAUUUCGGGCAGGAUUGACUGAUGGUACUGAAUCCUCUGAUCCUCCUCUGACCUCUCACACACCAGGAUGUCAGGCCUCCACUCACUCCAAGUCAAAAGCCCCAUUAAAGAAAGGUGCUCCACCAAGCGACUUUGAGCUAAUGUCCGCCAUGAUGCAGCGGGUGACCCUGCUGGAGAAAACAGUGAGGAGCCAAGCACAGGAGAUUGAGCAGAAGGAUAAAAGGAUUGGAGUCUUGGAGGAGAAACUGAAGCUCCUGAAAGAAUCCGAGCAUACACAUGACCUGAGUGGCAGAGAGGAACUUGAACGAAGGUGCCAACAACUGCAGAGUCAAGUAUAUGAAAUGGAGAACUUUCUAAAUGACUAUGGUUUGAUCUGGGUGGGAGAUGGAGGAGGCAGUGACUCAGAUGAAAGUGAGCAGCCACAUAACAUAGAGAGAGGCCUCUGUCAGCCAGGUGUCUCCAAGGCUGGGGGCUUCCACAUGAACUUUGACCUUGUGCUGCAGAGGAUCAGGGAGCUGAACGUCCUCGCAGGGGAGGGAGAGUGUUUUGUGCGAUCGACAACCACAGGUGCGCAGUUCGCAAAAAAGGAUCCUGUCCAGCUGAGUCUCUACAGGAAUGGGAUUGUCAUGUUUGAUGGUCCUUUCCGCUCGUAUGAGGAGGAGAGCACCCAGCGUUGCAUGCAAGAUCUUAUGGAUGGGUAUUUUCCCAUUGAGCUCCAAGAGAGAUUUCCAGAUGGUGUGCCUUUUGAGGUUCACGACAGGCGAGAUGAGGAAUUUGUCUUCGGGGAACCGUGGAAUAAAUUUCCCGGUGAAGGACAGGCUGUUUGUGGGGAAAACAAUGAAUCUGGCAACAAGUUGAGCGUGGAUCAGUUCCUGAGGAGUUUACCAAAAGUGGUAGUAAAGGCUGGCCGUGUGAUUGAUAUCAGGGAGUCGGUGAGGGAUACCCUGCAGCAGGGCUCAUCCGAUGUCCAGAGCAGCAAUUUGGCGAUCCUCAUAGACACACCUGCACUGCGAGCAAUGAAAGACAGACUGCAGAUGGUCGGCCCGGACCGGCCGGCGUCGGCCCGUGAUGUCAUCACGCUCAAAAUGAAGUCAGAGGAUGGAAACCGCUCUUUCAUACUGAAAAUGCACUCCACAGAAACAAUCGGCCACCUGCGGCAGUGUCUGGACAAACACAGAGGGGCUGGUCACUCUACUUACGACAUCAUCAGCGCGUACCCACAGCGCUGCUACGAUGACGACCGCCAGACCCUCCAGUCAUGUGGACUGAUGGCUAACGCUACGCUGCUGCUGAGGAGGAAAUGCCCUCAGUGACUGACUGACGCCAAUACUAUAAAGUUGUAGAGGGUUAUAACUACAUAUUUUUUCCAAUCAGCCUUUUUGAGUUGUCUUUGUACCAAAGGUGCUAAUAAUACCAUCAAUGGCUCUGUUACAUGUGUAAGUGUACUACAGGAAGUCCUGACAGUGAGCCAACAUGCACAGUACCAGGACUCUGAAACUGAAGCAGGUAAAGGGAAUUCAGCCUUCACUGAUUUUAUUACUCACACCUGUGGUUUUCCCACUGAGAAAAGACUGAUAGAUACUCAUACUACUGAUCCAAUGACAAUUCUCUUUCCCCCCCAGAUGUUAAAACUCUAAGUUGUCCAUUUAAUUACAUGAAACUGGGAUCAUUAUUUUUUAUGAUACUUACCUCAAGGACAGGGAUUGGUUAGUGGUCCACUGUGACUGACUGGAUGAAUGUGACUGAUGGCAGACACACAACAUUUUAUGGACACUGAUGAAAUAAAGAGAAUUUUAUCAAUUGAAAGUUGGUAUUUGUGGAUUUCUGCUCAGAAGAGAUGAAAAUACUGCAGUUCACAAUCAAGCAAAAGAAAUCAACAUGGAAUAAAAUACAACAAACAUUUUGAAAAUCUUUAUUUCUAAAAUAUGCAAAUACAAACAAGGACAAAAGUAUGAAAAUAUAAACAUCUUUUUCCCUUUUGCAAAAACAUUUGAGAUGUUAAGGCAUGCGGAGCCUGACUUUCCAAAGAUAAAUCUUGUGCUAAUUUAGUUUUCCAAAAAGGUCCCAUGAAAUGGAAAAUGGCUUGUGUGUCCCUGGGUGGGUUGUUGUGUACAAUUUUUGUCCAAAAAUGUCAUUGUUGCAUAUUUUUGUAUUAAAAUGCCUUUCUAUUCCUGUAAAGUGUCUAGUUAUUUUUUCCUUUAAAUGGCUUCUCCUGCACUCAGGGCGAAUAUAAAAUUUCAUCCAGUACAAAGUUAUUGGUGAUUUCGGGGUGAUCCAGCCAACCCCUCAUAACAUCCUGUGGGAUUAAAACUUGUCCCACUUCCACCUGUACAAGGUGAAGGAUCAUCAAUGACUGCUGCCAGUCUUUGUCCAUCCCGACAUUAAAACCAGCGCCAACUUCUUAUCUAAUACAACACACCUCAAAUCACAGGAGCAGAGUACUAAAAAAGCCACUUCAUGGGACCUUUACACAUUGUAGAUGCCAAGUUUGCUUAAACACAUUAGCACACUGUUACAG